AUGGCUCGUAGAAAUGUGUGGAGCGGUGAGGAAACGAUGGAGUUGCUGGAGGUCAUAAAGGAGCAUAAUUUCAUGCGAAUGUUUGCCACCGCCGGACGGGGUCAGAAGGAACACGAUGUAUACCGGAUGAUCGAAGAGGAAAUGCAGAAAAACGGAUUCGGUGGCAAGGACGCAGGCCAGAUUUAUCAUAAAUGGAAGAACUUAAAGAGAGCCUUUUACCAGUCUAAGAAGUUAAAUAAAGGUAGAGCAAUCUGCGAAUUUGCUGAAGAGUUGGCCGAUAUACUGGAGCAACCGUGUGCCUUGAAGAGACGUGAACCAGAACCACCCGCCGAAAUAAUCGAAGGUGCACCAGCUCCUGUGAAAAAACGUAGCAAUAGUCAAAUUAAAACAAUUCGGAACCAAAUUAUUACAAAAUUGGCCAAAGCACAAAGCGAGAAUGCUGAAGAAUUCUCCAAAAAGUGGAACGAUUUGAAUGAUUACGAGUUCAAACUGUACAAGCGGAAAGAAAAGGAGCAGACCAAUGUGAUGAAUCAAAUAUUGGAAGACAGUAAAGUACAUCUAAAGGAGCAAUGUCAUAGCAUACUAGCAGGACAAUUAAUCGCCGUAAGCAGUCAACCAAAUGAAGAUUUAGAUGAGCUGAAUGUAAUUGAAAUUGAAACAACCACCAUGAAUAAUGGCACCGAAGGCACCGUUAAGGAAUUUUUACAUGCAAUAAAAUUCGAAUAA